GAAGGCGAUGGCGCGACAUGGGGCCCUGUAUGCUGCUCGCCCUUCCCCUGGACCAUGGCGGGCGGUGAGGAAGACGAAGGACCGGAGUACUGGCUGCGGUGGCAAGUGCCGGCCUGCGCUGCUAUCCUCGCCGUCCCCGCCGCCGUGUCGGUGGCUGUGAUCUCGAGAUCCAGGGCCGUGGAUCCCCCCAGAUCCUCGGAUCUGUGGUCCCCCUGCUGGAAGAAGCUCAGCCCGCUCUGGCUCCUCGGCCUUCGUGCUCUCGCCCUCUCGAUCCUAUUCUGGCUACUAUGCCGGGCGGUUCUCCUCGACGGCGCCUUCGCCUUCUACUUCUACACUCAGUGGACCCUUUCGUUGGUAAUCAUCUACUUUUUGAUUGGUACCUUUAUAUCUGCUCAUGGUUGCUGGAUUUAUGCAAAGCGUGCCACUGAAAAUGAUGAGGCGGAUACAUUCUUUAAUAGGGACUUUGGAGAAGAAUUACCUGCAAAUUCAACUGGAUCAAAUCAAAACACAAAAUCUAGCAAAUUCCAUAAUGUCUAUGAGUGGGUUGACAAUGAACAAAAAGCUGGGUUUUGGGGUUACCUCAUGCAAAUUGCUUAUCAGACUAGUGCAGGUGCUGUUACAUUGACAGACAUCGUCUUUUGGGGGCUUCUAGUACCAUUUCUUUCUGCUGAACAUUUCAAACUGGACAUGCUCAUGGGGUGCAUGCACACAUUGAACCUUGUGUUUCUUCUCCUUGAUACUGCCCUAAACAGUCUGCCUUUUCCAUGGUUCAGGAUGGCAUAUUUUGUUCUUUGGAGCUGUGUCUAUGUGAUUUUUCAGUGGAUACUGCACAUCUGUGGUUUUUCAUGGUGGCCCUACUCUUUUCUUGAGCUCUCAACUCCUUGGGCUCCUUUUUGGUACUUAUGCUUGGCAUUGGUCCACAUCCCUUGUUAUGGUCUCUACAGCUUAAUUGUGAAAGCCAAGAUCUCAUUGAUUCCGAAAAUUUUUCACCGUAUCUAUAUAAGGCCUUAGGAUUUAUGGUUAUACAUUGUUAAUUCCAAUUAUUCUGAGUGUAAUCAAUUGAAAGAAGUAUUGGACAUCUUUGCAGGUAGAUGCCAUUUGUUACUGAUCACUCAGCUUCUUUGUUGUUGAAUCUUGAGAAGCAGUACUACAGCAGUAUCUAUUUUUUGCAUCAAACUUUUGUCAAGAAUGGUUGUGUAGCUGAAUUUUCACUCUGAGAUUAGACAUGUGGAAGUAUCAUGUGAUAAAAACAAAAAAAACUUCUUAGCUAUGGAACCUCCAUGAUUGUUUAACUGAAUUUAGUAGAUUUUUGGAUGAUGGUUUUACCAGUCAAGAUGGAUGCUUCAAGCUGCUAUU